AUGCCGUACACGGCGUCGAGGCCGUCGGCGCCGCAGAGGGCGCGGGUGGCGGCGGGGGGCGGGGGGUGGAAGGCGGCGGCGCACGCGGCGUCGUGCGGGGCGGUGCCGGGGGAGGUGGCGCGGCACCACGAGCACGCGGCGGGGGCCGGGCAGUGCUGCUCGGCGGUGGUGCAGGCGAUCGAGGCGCCCGUGGGCGCGGUGUGGGCCGUGGUGCGGCGCUUCGACCGCCCGCAGGCGUACAAGCACUUCAUCCGGAGCUGCCGCGUCGUGGACGGCGACGGCGGCGCGGUGGGGUCGGUGCGCGAGGUGCGGGUGGUGUCGGGCCUCCCCGCCACCAGCAGCCGCGAGCGGCUGGAGAUCCUGGACGACGAGCGCCGCGUGCUCAGCUUCCGCGUCGUCGGCGGCGAGCACCGCCUCUCCAACUACCGGUCGGUGACCACGGUGCACGAGGCCGCGUCGGCGGGCGCCGUCGUGGUGGAGUCGUACGUGGUGGACGUGCCCCCCGGGAACACCGCCGACGAGACGCGCACCUUCGUCGACACCAUCGUGCGGUGCAACCUCCAGUCGCUGGCGCGCACCGCCCAGCAGCUCGCCCUCGCCGCCUAG